AUGUUCGACGCCUGGGCUUCAGAUUCGGAGAACAGCGACUACGAGCAUCCAAGCACACAAGGACCUGGCGCAAAUGAGGUUCUUCGACGCCUUAAAAACCGCACCCCCGUGACCGCCGAAGCGAUUCGCAAUUCCUGGCGCGAAGUCCAGACGGACAAGCACCACAACCCUUCGGUCGAUAAAGAAGGCGUGACGAAAGAAGUUGGAAGGCUGAUGCAGCUGUCAGACAAGGUUGGCUCGAUCGAGGUGAAGAAGCUAGGAGAUGUGUCUGAGGAGUAUGCAGAAGAAGUGUAUGUCCUGUGGUACAUUCUCGAUAAGAGGAGGAACUCAACAAGGAUGGCAAGUUACCAGAUGUGGUCCGAUGUGGGAAUGCUGAUGGAGCUACGGGACGAAGAAGCGAAGGAGAUCUUGAAAGUGCUAAGGGACAUGGGGAAGAAAGGCAGACUCCUUGCGCCAAAGGCUUUCUGGGACAGGUACCAUAGGAAUGAGUCUGAAGAAGGCUGGGAGAAUGUCCUUCCGAAAGAUGACAUUCCGCUGCCGCAGUCGCCGCCAGAUUUGUUAUCAGACACGAAUUGGAAGCGCCCCCGUCCUCACGAUCUACAUCCUAAUGGCAUGUCAAACUUGCUGCUUGAAGAGAGAAGCGACAAGAGACAGAAGAGUGGCGACGGAUACACAUCGAAGCCAGGAGACUGGCGAUGUGGAAAGUGCAUUCACUGGAAUCGAAAAUGGUGGGGCGCAUGUCACAACGAGAGGUGCAAUGGCACUAUGGGAGAUGAUGCUGUGGAGGUUUACAAGCAGGUUGAUUUGGCAUAA